UUUUUAAUUUUUUUUUACUGUUGAAGGUAAAUCUUCAUGUUUCCUCAUCGAACAUCAAAUCAAUCUCUGAUCCAUCCAUGACCGAAGAAGACACGUGUAAGGAAAGGAUGAGUCAAAGGCCAACGGCACAUUCUUCCUCAUAUUUCUCUGACGUUGUUUUCUGACCACAACGAUAAACGACCUGAAUCGAUAACUAUUGUUGCGUGACAGAUACAUAAUUAUCUGACUGGUUUCUGUUUCUAACGACGCCUCCCCUGCGUUUGGAUUAAGUUGUAGGUUCUUCAAAAGGGAACCCUUUCACCGCUAGUUCUUGAAUCCAUAUCGGAGGCGAGGCGUUUCAAUAUUAUGUUAUUGUAAAAGUCUCUUUGAAAGCCAUUAUUUUUUUUCAUCCUUCAAAAUUAUUGCAACGACACAUUUCAAGAAAAGAGAGCAAGAGAGAUAGGAUCAAAGAUGAGAAGCAAGAGCGGUUUUAGUUUCUUCUCUAAGAUUACUUCUUCGAGGAAGAGGCCUUCUUUCUCAAUACCUAGCAAGAGUUACGAUUUUUCAGGGAUCGACAAAACUAUCGAUAACGCUGCCGAGAUCAUUGAAAAAUGGAACACGGAGUAUGUUUCUUCUAACAAUUUUUAUUCUCUGUUUUGCGAAAGCAAGCGUGAGGCUAAGAAGUUCGUGAGACGCGUCAAGGAACUACAGAACGCGAUGGACUUAUUGAUUAGAGAAGAUCCGAGUUCAGAUCAUCUUCUUAGAGCUCAAAGACUAAUGCAAAUCGCUAUGAAACGGCUCCAAAAAGAGUUUCUCCAAAUUCUAUCAAUGAAUCGUGCACAUUUGGAUCCUGAAUCCGUCUCCACUAGAUCACCUACCUCUGUCGUAUCCAACGAUGAAGGUGCUUGGCACGACUACCGUUCCGUUGGAGAUUCGAUCAUAGAAGUUGAGGAGGUGUCAAAGAACUCUAGGACAGAGCUCAAGUCCAUUGCAGAGUGCAUGAUCUCCGCCGGUUACGCUAAAGAGUGUGCUAAUACUUAUAAAUCCAUUAGAAAAUCGAUAGUUGACGAAUCCAUUUACCGUCUAGGAGUUGAGAAAAUAAGCUCGUCCAAGGCGAAGAAGAUGCCAUAUGAGGUUGUUGAGUUGAAGACGAAGAGAUGGAUUGAGGCAGUUAAGGUCUCGAUGAAGACUCUCUUCAUCAGCGAAAAGACUCUAUGCGAUGAAGUUUUUGAAUCUUCUGCUUCUCUUAGAGAGUCUUGUUUUAGAGACAUCUCUAAGGAAGGAGCUCUGCUUCUGUUUGGGUUCCCUGAAACCGUUGCCGUAAGAGACAAGAAAAACCCACAUAUGGAGAAGAUUUUUCCAUUGUUAGAUAUGUAUUGCAUGAUCACAGAGAACUUGCUUGCCAUCGAAGCUAUCUUCUCGUUUCCAUCAAUUUCAGCUGUUCGAACUCAAGCUCACAGCUCUCUUACCCGUCUUAGUGAGUCGAUUCUUUCGCAUCUGGCUGAAUUUGAAUCUGAGAUACGUAAAGACACGUCGAAGACGAUGGUUCGUGGUGGAGGUGUUCAUCCAAUGACUAUCUCCGUCAUGGAUCACAUCUCUCGACUUUCGGAAUACAGUAGCUCUCUCAUGGAUAUCCUCGACGGAUCACCUUCAUCCUCUCCUGAUAAAUCAAUGCUUCCAAAAUCUUACUUCAACGUCACGGAAUCCGAAGGCUCUCCAUCGUCAGAACUAAAAGUAAGAUUCGCGUGGCUCAUUCUCGUCCUCCUUUGCAAAAUCGACGGCAAAGCUGAGAUGUAUAAGGAAUUCUCCAUGCAAUAUCUAUUCUUAACCAACAAUCUCCAACACGUAGUCUCACGUGCUCGCUCCACGAACCUGAAGCAGCUCCUCGGGGACGACUGGAUCACGAGACAUUUUGAGAAAGUUAAACAGUUCGCUAGAAGCUACGAGCGGCUAGCGUGGGAUCCACUAGUGUCGAUGUGUCCGACGAUUAGUACUUGCGAGACAGUUGGGAUGUCGAACGAGGAAGCGAAGAUGCAAUCCGAAAAGUUCAACGAGAGUUUUGAGAAGACAUGCGAGGCACAAAGCGAAUGCGUCAUACCGGAUCUGAAACUGUUGGACGAGAUGAGAAUGUCGAUCAGGAGAAAGCUCUUGCCGAUAUACCGCGAUUUUUACAACGCGCAUAGAAACGCCGUUAUGUUGAUAGGUAAAGAAGGUGGAUGGAAUAUCCGAUAUACCCCUGAAGAUAUCGAAUACCGCUUGUCGGAGCUCUUUACCGGGAAGGGUAUUUCGGAUAAUCGAUAUGUUUGUAUGGAAGAUUUAUGUGUUGUUAGAACUGCUACUACUACUGGGUCUUUGUCAUGCAGAAGAAAGACUCGAUCUUUGUCAUGCAGAAGAUUUUGAAGGGGGAAAAAAAUAGUGUUUUCAUCAUUUUUGUUCCUAAUAUUAUUCUAUGUAACUUAAUUAAUGUGAUUUAAGCUGUAACGCGUUACGACUUGUAUAGUAACACGGUAUGAGCUAGGUAUAUAUAUUGUGUGACUAGUACCAUUAAAUUGUCAUGUCAAAACUAAAUGCGAUAAUGAA